AUGGCGUCUGUGGUAUCUCAAGCAGGCAAUUGCACUGGGACCAGCGUAGCUUUCGAAGUCAUGUUGAGUCCCAAAGUGGAGAAUGCAAGGAAGCCGCGAUUAACUCCAUUGAAAGGAAAAGAAAGUUUUAACAUACAGCUGCUGGUAGAAAAGCAGCUAGCAGCCGAAAAACGAAGAAAGAGUAUUGAAGGUGAAGUUUUGGCCAAAGCUGCUAGCAGAAGUGAACAUGUUGUUCAAGUUCAGCAGAAUAAACUGUUGACAGUUGCAGAGAAAAGUAGAAUGGCAGAAGAAAAGCUCAAACAAAAGAUGUGUACACAUUCUGAAAACAAGGAAGCCCAGAUUAAGGCGUUGUACAGCCGCCUUCACGCAAAAGAACAACACAUCAAAGAAGUGCAAGCAAACCUGCGAGAGAUCAUUGCAUCAUUUUCUAAAAAAGCAGAAGAGAAGAUUCAACAAAAAGAAGCUGUAAGCAAGGAAAACCUUGAGUUACACCGCAAAGCUCAGAUGGAACGUUGGCAAGCUCAUGAAAAGCGCAUUCAAGAAGUGUUGGCUUCUUUACAAGAGAGUAUUGAGAAGCAAUCCAAAACAGCUGAGGUUAACUUGCAGCAGAAGAUGGAAACAACUACAGAGAAGCGAGAAGCUUUGAUCCGCUCACUGCAGGAGAGACUGCAGUUUAAGUCUCAGAAGAUUGAGCUAGCACGGCAACUUGUAGAUGCUCUUGUUCAGGAACAAAGCAAAGUUUGCAAACAGAAGUUACAGCAGAAACUGGAACAAUCAGAGGAGAAACGCAAUGCACUGCUCAGAGCUUUACAAGAAAGAUUGGAGGCACAUGACAAGCAUGUAGAGGAGGUUUACCAACAAAUUAAGACACAGAGAGCUGAGAAAGCUCAGGGUUAA